AUGAAAUAUGAUGAAUUGAUAAGAGAAUUGUGUAAAACUAAAGAGGCUCACUCAUUGACCGACCAAGAUGGUUAUCGUAACUCGAGGGUAAGUGCUAACUAUCUUUAUUGUAAUUUUCUAAAUUCAACACAAAACUCCCAUCAGUUCAACCUGCUUUCUGAUGUUCUAUUCUCACUGGUUAUUUUCGAUUACAUUUGGAUUGAACCCGUGACCGGUCAUGAAUUCGAUGUUGCCAUCGGUGCUCGAGUUACAUCAGCUGAAGGUCGAAGAAUUCAAGUCAAAGAUGACGAUGGCGUUGAACAGUGGCUAUUGCCAGAACGGCGCAUUAAAGCGAUGCAUGCAUCGUCGGUACAAGGUGUGGAAGACAUGAUAUCGCUUGGCGAUCUACACGAAGCAGGAAUAUUAAGAAAUCUUCUCAUUCGUUACAAUGAUAAUUUAAUUUACACUUAUACUGGCUCGAUUCUUGUCGCUGUCAAUCCAUAUCAAAUUCUUCCCAUUUACACCGGCGAUCAAAUAAAAAUUUACAAAGAGCGGAAAAUUGGCGAACUUCCACCACACAUAUUCGCUAUUGGUGACAAUUCUUAUGCGAACAUGAAACGCUUCUGUCAAGAUCAAUGCAUUGUAAUUUCGGGUGAAUCUGGUGCUGGAAAGACUGAAAGCACUAAAUUAAUUCUUCAAUAUUUAGCGGCAAUUAGUGGUAAGCACUCAUGGAUUGAGCAGCAGAUUCUAGAAGCAAAUCCAAUUCUCGAAGCAUUUGGAAAUGCAAAAACUGUAAGAAAUGACAAUUCAUCGCGUUUUGGAAAGUACAUUGACAUUCAUUUCAAUCGUGGUGGGGUCAUUGAAGGUGCAAAAAUUGAACAAUAUUUGUUGGAGAAGUCACGAAUUGUUUCACAGAAUCCCGACGAGAGAAAUUAUCACAUUUUUUAUUGUUUACUUGCGGGACUCUCGAAUGAUGACAAAAGAAAGUUGGAACUUGGCAAUGCUUCAGAUUAUCGUUAUCUGACUGGUGGAAAUUGCGUGAAAUGUGAUGGACGAGAUGACGCAACAGAAUUUGCUGAUAUUCGAUCAGCAAUGAAAGUUUUGUGCUUUUCGGAUCAAGAAAUUUGGGAGAUUUUGAAACUUCUCGCAGCUCUUUUACAUGCUGGAAACAUCAACUUUAAAGCAGUAACAAUCGACAAUCUCGAUGCAACUGAAAUUCCUGACCAACAGAAUGUCAAACGUGUUGCGAAUCUCCUCGAGUUUAAACUUCAACCAUUGAUCCAUGCAUUGACGAAGAAAACUUUCUUCGCUCAUGGUGAGACUGUCGUGUCGACAUUGUCACGAGAGCAAGCUGUUGACGUUCGUGAUGCAUUCGUGAAAGGUGUCUACGGUCGUUUAUUUAUUUUAAUAGUCAAGAAGAUUAACAACGCAAUUUAUAAACCAAAAACCUCGAUGCGAAGCGCUAUUGGCGUGUUGGAUAUCUUCGGUUUCGAGAACUUCAAUCUCAAUUCAUUCGAGCAAUUCUGCAUUAAUUAUGCAAAUGAAAAUCUUCAACAAUUCUUUGUGCAACAUAUAUUCAAGUUGGAACAAGAAGAAUAUAAUCAUGAAGCAAUCAAUUGGCAACAUAUUGAGUUUGUUGACAAUCAAGAUGCUUUAGAUUUGAUAGCAAUUAAACAAUUAAAUAUCAUGGCAUUAAUUGAUGAAGAAUCGAAAUUUCCCAAAGGAACUGAUCAGACGAUGUUAGCGAAACUUCACAAGACUCACGGUUCACAUCGAAAUUAUUUGAAGCCGAAGUCUGACAUUAACACGAGCUUCGGCUUGAAUCAUUUUGCUGGAAUUGUUUUUUAUGAUACGAGAGGUUUCUUAGAGAAGAAUCGAGACACGUUUAGUCCCGACAUUUUACAACUUAUCGCAUCAUCAUCUAGUGACUUCCUACAACUUGUCUUCUCGAAUGAUAUUGGAAUGGGAGCUGAAACCAGAAAACGAACACCGACAUUGUCAACGCAGUUUAAAAAGAGUUUAGAUUCGUUGAUGAAAACACUUUCAUCAUGUCAACCAUUUUUCAUUCGUUGCAUCAAACCUAACGAAUUUAAGAAGCCGAUGAUGUUUGAUCGUGCACUUUGUUGUCGUCAAUUACGUUAUUCUGGUAUGAUGGAAACAAUUCGCAUUCGAAGAGCGGGAUAUCCGAUUCGUCAUAACUUCCGUGACUUUGUUGAACGUUAUCGAUUCUUAAUUAGUGGCGUUCCACCAGCACACAAAACUGAUUGUCGUGUGCAGACAUCAAGAAUAUGUGCACAAGUCUUAGGACGAACUGAUUAUCAACUUGGCAACACAAAAGUCUUCUUGAAAGAUGCCCACGAUUUGUUCCUCGAACAGGAGCGUGAUCGUGUGUUGACGAGAAAGAUUUUAAUUCUUCAAAGGUCGAUACGUGGCUGGGUUUAUCGUCGUCGUUUCUUAAGAAUGCGAGCAGCUGCGAUGACUAUUCAGAAGUAUUGGAAGGGAUACGCACAACGUCAAAGAUAUAAGAAGAUUAAGCUCGGAUAUAUGCGGUUGCAAGCAUUAAUUCGAUCGAGAAUAUUAAGUCACCGCUUCCGUCAUUUACGAGGUCACAUUGUGGGACUGCAAGCACAUAUUCGUGGUUAUCUUGUGCGCCGUGAAUACGGUCAUAAAAUGUGGGCAAUAGUCAAAGUACAAGCACACAUCCGACGAAUUAUCGCAAUGAAACGAUACAAGAAACUUAAACUUGAAUAUCGUAGACAUCGUGAAGCAAUGAGAUUGAAAAUGAUGGAAGAAGAAGAGUUGAAGCAUCAAGGUAAUAAGCGUGCAAAGGAGAUUGCCGAGAAGAAUUAUUUGCAACGUUUGAAUGAAAUCGAACGUAAGGAAAUGGAAGUUGAGAUGGAAGAACGACGACAGGUUGAAGUUAAAAAGAAUUUAAUCAAUGAUGCUGCACGAAAACAAGAUGAACCGGUUGAUGAUGGAAAGCUUGUUGAAGCGAUGUUCGACUUCUUACCUGAUUCAAGCAGUGAAGCACCGACACCUCAUAACAAUCAUGAGACUUCUGUUUUUAAUGAUUUGCCUUCGGGUAAUCAGAAUGAAGAUGAUAUCAUUGGACCAAUUCAUCAAUCUGAUGAUGAUGAAGAUUUAUCAGAAUUUAAGUUUCAAAAGUUUGCGGCGACUUAUUUUCAAGGGAAUAUCACGCAUUAUUAUUCACGAAAGCCCCUCAAGCAUCCUUUAUUACCACUUCAUACACAAGGCGAUCAACUUGCAGCUCAAGCACUUUGGAUUACAAUUUUAAGAUUUACUGGUGAUCUACCCGAACCGAGAUAUCAUUCAAUGGAUCGUGACAACACAUCAGUCAUGUCGAAAGUGACAGCAACGUUAGGAAGAAAUUUCAUUCGAAGUAAAGAAUUCCAAGAAGCACAAAUGAUGGGACUCGAUCCCGAAUCAUUCUUAAAACAAAAGCCGAGAUCGAUUCGACAUAAACUCGUGUCGUUAACAUUGAAGAGAAAAAAUAAAUUAGGCGAAGAUGUUCGAAGGAAACUUCAAGAUGAAGAGUACACGGCUGAUUCCUAUCAAUCGUGGCUUGAAUCAAGACCAACAUCGAAUUUAGAGAAACUUCAUUUCAUUAUCGGUCAUGGAAUUUUAAGAGCUGAACUUCGUGAUGAAAUUUAUUGUCAAAUCUGCAAGCAGUUGACAAAUAAUCCAUCAAAGUCAUCACAUGCUCGAGGUUGGAUUUUGCUGUCACUUUGUGUCGGUUGCUUUGCACCAUCGGAGAAGUUUGUCAAUUAUUUGAGAUCAUUCAUUCGUGAAGGUCCACCUGGUUAUGCGCCUUAUUGUGAAGAUCGUUUGAAACGAACAUUCAACAACGGCACAAGAAAUCAACCACCGUCAUGGCUUGAAUUGCAAGCAACAAAAUCGAAGAAACCGAUCAUGUUGCCGAUAACUUUCAUGGAUGGCAACACAAAGACACUUCUUGCUGAUUCAGCAACAACAGCACGUGAAUUGUGUAAUCAACUUUCAGAUAAGAUUCAACUGAAAGAUCAAUUCGGUUUCUCACUUUACAUUGCUUUGUUCGAUAAAGUUUCAUCACUUGGCAGUGGCGGUGAUCAUGUCAUGGAUGCAAUUUCACAAUGCGAACAAUAUGCGAAAGAACAAGGCGCUCAAGAACGCAACGCACCAUGGCGACUUUUCUUUCGAAAGGAAAUCUUCGCACCAUGGCACGACCCAACAGAAGAUCAAGUCGCAACAAAUCUUAUUUAUCAGCAAGUCGUUCGUGGCGUAAAAUUCGGUGAAUAUCGAUGUGAUAAAGAAGAAGAUUUGGCGAUGAUUGCUGCGCAACAAUAUUACAUCGAAUUCAACACUGACAUGUCAAUGGAGCGACUUUUCUCACUCAUUCCAAACUUCAUUCCUGAUUAUUGUUUGACGGGAAUCGAGAAAGCGAUGGAUCGAUGGGCGACACUCGUUUUGCAAGCUUACAAGAAAAGUUAUUACUUAAAAGAUCGCGAUAAAGUUCAAGCACUGCGUGUUAAGGAAGAUGUCGUUAGUUAUGCUAAAUACAAGUGGCCAUUAUUGUUCUCUAGAUUUUAUGAAGCAUAUCGAAAUAGCGGACCGAAUCUACCCAAAAAUGACGUCAUUAUAGCUGUCAAUUGGACGGGUGUUUAUGUUGUUGAUGAUCAAGAGCAAGUUCUGCUUGAACUUUCAUUCCCUGAAAUCACAGCCGUGUCGAGUCAGAAAACGAACAAAGUCUUUACACAAACUUUCAGUCUCGCGACAGUACGUGGUGAAGAAUUUACUUUCCAAAGUCCAAAUGCAGAAGAUAUCAGAGAUUUGGUUGUGUUCUUCCUUGAAGGCUUAAAGAAACGUUCAAAGUUUGUGAUUGCAAUUCAAGAUUAUCGUUCACCGGGUGAAGGUACAAGUUUCUUGUCGUUCUUGAAAGGUGAUUUGAUUCUGUUGGAAGAAGACAGCACUGGUGAGACGGUGUUGAACAAUGGUUGGUGUAUUGGACGAUGCGAACGAACACAAGAUCGAGGGGAUUUCCCAGCAGAGACGGUUUACGUGUUGCCAACAUUAUCAAAGCCACCACAAGAUAUUCUCGCAUUAUUCAGUAUUGAAGGCGCUCAUCAUGGACGACGAUUAAGUUCAGCACAUUCAAAUGGUGGCACAGAACCACGUGAACGACCACAUAACUUAGCUGAAUAUUCUUUAGAUCAUUUCCGACCACCACCAAAACGCACAAUGUCGAAGACUUUAACGUUGAGCUCAAAGCGAGGAAUUGAAGAGUUGUGGAGAUAUUCGCGUGAUCCUUUAAAGCAGCCACUUUUGAAGAAGCUUCUGGGAAAGGAAGAAUUUUCUGAAGAAGCUUGCUUUGCUUUCACUGCCAUAAUGAAGUAUAUGGGUGACUUGCCAUCAAAACGUCCACGAAUUGGCAACGAAAUCACCGAUCACAUUUUUGACGGUCCAUUGAAGCAUGAAAUACUUCGCGAUGAAAUUUAUUGUCAAAUUAUGAAACAAUUGACAGAGAAUCGAAAUCGAAUAUCAGAAGAACGUGGAUGGGAAUUGAUGUGGUUGGGUACGGGAUUGUUUGCUUGUAGUCAGGGAUUGUUGAAAGAGUUGACGAUGUUUUUGAGAAGUCGUCGUCAUCCAAUAUCUCAAGAUUCACUUCAUCGACUUCAAAAGACAAUCAGAAAUGGUCAACGAAAAUAUCCACCACAUCAGGUUGAAGUGGAAGCGAUUCAACAUAAAACCACACAAAUCUUUCACAAAGUUUACUUCCCUGACGACACUGACGAAGCUUUUGAAGUUGAUUCAGCGACACGUGCAAAAGACUUUUGUCAAAAUAUUUCACAAAGAUUGAGUCUUCGAUCGGCUGAAGGUUUCAGUUUGUUUGUGAAAAUUGCUGAUAAAGUGAUUUCAGUACCCGAAGGUGAUUUCUUCUUUGAUUUUGUACGUCAUCUUACUGAUUGGAUUAAGAAAGCGAGACCAACACGUGAUGGAACAAAUCCACAAUUUACUUAUCAAGUGUUCUUCAUGAAGAAACUUUGGACGAAUACAGUGCCGGGAAAGGAUAAGAAUGCUGAUUUGAUCUUCCAUUAUCAUCAGGAACUUCCGAAACUUCUUCGAGGCUACCAUAAAUGUUCGAAAGAAGAAGCUUCAAAAUUAGCUGCUUUGGUUUAUCGUGUGAAGUUUGGUGACAGCAAACAAGAAUUGCAAGCCAUACCACAAAUGCUUCGAGAACUCAUUCCAUCAGAUUUAAUAAAAAUUCAAGGAUCAAAUGACUGGAAACGUUCGAUUGUGUCCGCUUACAAUCAAGACGGUGGAAUGACACCAGAAGAUGCAAAAGUUACAUUCUUGAAAAUUGUCUAUCGUUGGCCAACAUUUGGAUCAGCUUUCUUUGAAGUUAAGCAAACAACUGAACCGAAUUAUCCAGAAAUGCUUCUUAUAGCGAUUAACAAGCAUGGCGUUAGUCUGAUUCAUCCACAAACAAAAGAAAUUCUCGUAACGCAUCCAUUCACACGUAUUUCAAAUUGGUCAUCCGGCAACACAUAUUUCCACAUGACAAUCGUUUGUAAGAAUCUAAAUGCAAUAAAAUGA